UAGUUAAUGGUAGAGAGAUAUUUCUUCUCAUUAGCCAGGGUCAAAAGUCAGCCAUGAGCAGGAGAAGGAAUGAAUGACACACACACACAUUCUGGUAUGUAUCCUUUGUUCUGAGCAGUGGAAACAGUUCACACUAGUAAGCACAGUUGUUUGGAUAUCCCUGCCUGUUCAGUGAGGAGAGAGAGAGAGAGAACGAAAGAGAGAAAACGAGAAAGAGAGAGAGAACAUGAGGGAGACCAUCUCCUCCCUCUCAGAGCAGAGACCACACGUCCGGCACGAGUCUCCCUUUCCUCUCUGCCUCUACUGCGUCUCCUGGGCUAGCAGCCAGAAAGACACUGCCUCCGUUGGAUCCUGAAAGAAAACAAGCUCAGGAUACCGCAGUGCUGCCUUAGACAGAAGGACAAAAUUUACGGCAACACUUUGGAAGGAUUAGCAGCAGUAUACGUUUUCCUUCAUUUGCUCAGACAGAAAGAAGAUACAACAUCCCCAUCACAAGAAGGACAGAGAUACUGUACAGACAGAGUCGGACAGACAGAUGGAGAACAGCAGUGGUCAUGCAGCCUGACUGUAACAGCUGGAGUGCUCUCUCCCUCGCCUGAAACAGUUGGUUUUAAGAGCUGCAUUCCUCACACCCUCUCAUUCAGAAACUGGUAGUCGUAUAGGAUCUUCCCUCAUAAAGAGUGACACAAGACUGCAGUAGUCCCUACAGACUGACACAGAACAGUACCGGCUUUAGGAGUGCAGUUGAAGGACACAGUGGAUUGUGAGUUACCUGUGGUCAGAGACUGGAUUACUGCCUUUUCCUACAGAGGAUAGUUGGAGGCUGAUUCAGCAUAUCUGAUUCAAUAUAACAUACCCUGGUCAUAGAACCUGGACUCCCCCCGGUUGGAUAUUUCCUACUCUUUCCUUGGACUUAAGUGUUGAUUCACUCUGGAUUGGCUUACUCCCUGCUUAGCGACCGUGUGUGUGUGUGUGAUUGAUUGUGAGUAUGUGUAUCAGGAUGGAGUGUGUGAGGAGUGUGUUUCUGAUGAUGUGUGUUUUCCUGUGGAGCUCAGCACACUCAGCCCAGAGUGUCUACCCCAGGAUACGACUCUCCCAUAAAGAACUAUGGGAGUUGAACAGGACGUGGGUGUUCCAGGGACCAGGUCCCUCCCUGCAAACCCAGACCAUGAUGUUGGACGAGGCCCAUGAGAGGCUGUAUGUAGGGGCUAAAAACACCCUGUACUCCCUCAGCCUGGAGAGAGUUAACCACCAACACAGAGAGAUUGACUGGGCCAGCUCUGAGUCGCAGGUAGAAGAUUGUUUGAUGAAGGGUAAAGAGAAGCCAGAGUGUGCUAACUACAUCAAGGUGUUGCAGCAGUUUAAUGCAACCCACCUGUUGGCCUGUGGAACAGGAGCAUUUAACCCUCUCUGUGUCACCAUCAGGGUGGGACACGCAGGACAGGCCAGACAGUUUGAGCUGGAGGAGCAGAGUGUAGAGAGUGGCCGAGGGAGAUGUCCCUAUGACCACAACAGCCCCGUAACCUCCACCCUGGACAGAGGAGAGCUGUAUAUUGGCCUGUAUACAGAUUACUGGGAAAAUGAUGCAGCUAUGUGUCGACUGAACAACCAAAGCUACACACGCACUGAGAGAGACAACAGACAACAGCUCAACGAGCCUAAGUUCAUUGGGUCGGUGGUGAUUCCUGAUAACGAUGACAGGGAUGAUGACAAGGUCUACUUCUUCUUCACGGAGAGAGGGAUGGACGCAGAGGGGGUUAACAAGGCUGUAUACACCCGGGUGGGACGGGUCUGUGCGAAUGACCAAGGAGGUCAGAGGAUGUUGGUGAAUCGUUGGAGCUCCUUCCUAAAGACCCGUCUCAUCUGCUCUGUGGCUGGAUCCAACGGCAUCGACACACACUUCGACAAGCUGGAGGAUGUAUUUGUGUUGAAGAACAAGGAUGAGAAGAAUCCAGAGAUAUUUGGCCUCUUCAGUACUACAAGUGCUGUGUUCCAGGGCUAUGCAGUGUGUGUGUACCACAUGAAUGUUGUGCGAGCAGCGUUCAACAGCCAAUUUGCACACCGGGAGAAACCAGAGCACCACUGGACCCCAUACAAAGGCCGCGUCCCCUACCCACGCCCCGGAUCUUGUGCCAGUAAGAUGAACGGUGGUGGGUUCUCAGGUUCUAAGGAGUUCCCUGAUGAGGUUCUGCGUUUCGUGCGUUCCCACCCCGUCAUGUCCAGCCCGGUCCUGCCCCUCCACAAGAAACCUGUCCUACUGCAGACGGAGCCAGGAGGGAGGAGACUAACCCAGAUUGCUGUGGACCGCGUCCAGGCCCAGGACGGACACUACCACGUCCUGUACAUAGGCAGAGACGACUCUGUUGUGUUGAAGGUUAUCAGCAUCUACAACAAAGACACAGACACCAUAGAGGAAGUGCUACUGGAGGAACUGCAGGUGUUCAAGGUCCCUGUGCCAAUAACUGAGAUCAUCAUAUCUGCAAAACGACAACAGCUCUAUGUGGGUUCUGAGGUGGGUGUGGCUCAGGUGAGGCUCCAUCAAUGUGAACUGUACGGGUCAGAGUGUGCCGACUGUUGCCUAGCCAGGGAUCCUUACUGUGCCUGGGACGGACUCACCUGCUCACGAUACUACCCUGUUGGGGUCUACACCAAGAGCAGACGAUUCAGACGACAGGAUGUUCGCCAUGGCAAUGCUGUACAGCUAUGCAAUGGGCUGCAGAUUGAUGGGGAGAACUACCAGGGUGCGGAGGAGAGGCAGGUGUAUGGGGUAGAGAAUAACAGUACUCUACUGGAGUGUACCCCUCGUUCUCUACAGGCCAGAGUUCUGUGGUACAUACAGAGAGGUCCAGACAGAGAGAAGGUCAGAGGUGAUGAGAGUGUAGUCAUAACGACCCACGGGCUGUUGUUCCUGAUUGUGCGGAUUGGGGACGCUGGCAUGUACGUGUGUCAGACGGUAGAACACGGUUAUGUCCACACCCUACUGAGGAUCACGCUACAUGUGCUGGGAGGGGAGAGGGUCAGUGCCCUGAUACACAGGACAGGGGAGGAAGGAGAGGAAGAAGGGGAGACCACAGCAACCUCCUGUCACCAACCAAUAGAUACCCCUCCAGACCUCCACACUGGUUCCAACUCUGACCCCACUUCCAGACUACCAGGAGCCCUACCAGGGUCCUCCCUAGCACCCGCUCCAGCUCCAGGCCCUACCUCUCGGCUGUGGUACAAGGAGUUCCUCCAGCUUAUAGGAUAUCGGGAUACACAGCGGCUGGAGGAGUACUGUGAGAGGGUCUGGUGCUCAGAGAAAAGACGCAGGAAGACCAAACUUAGAUACACCCAGCCACUGGGAAGAGGAGAGAGGAGGGCAAGGGGGAGGGGAGAGCCUCACAGAACCCCCAGACACACCAUGGACACCUGAGAGGAGGGAGGGAGAGAGGAGAGCCUCACAGAACCCCCAGACACACCAUGGACACCUGAGAGGAGGGAGGGAGAGAGGAGAGCCUCACAGAACCCCCAGACACACCAUGGACACCUGAGAGGAGGGAGGGAGAGAGGAGAGCCUCACAGAACCCCCAGACACACCAUGGACACCUGAGAGGAGGGAGGGAGAGGGCAGAACAACCACACACACAAUGGGCCAGUUUUUUGUUGUUGUAGAGAAUACUACUUCCAAACAAAGCUAAAACAUGACACUUUCUUUUUUUUAGACUUUACCGUAACGUCUUCUUCCUUCUUAUAACCAUAUUAUAUGUUAUGUUAUAUUGUGUUUUUAUCUUUCCUUGUUUCUGGUGUAAUCUUUGCCACUGGUGCAAAUGCUGAGUGUCCGUCAGAUGGAAGGCACGUAGAACAGUUGAACUGUUUAGAACAACGUGGCCUUAAGACCACAGUACUGACAGCAGGCUUCUCUGAACAGACAUAGUACAGAAGAUUCAUAGCCAUCCCAGCUGAACCCACAGAUAACGAACAUUCAAACAGAUUCCUCAGAAAUAAAAUGUUUCUGGAGAUACACUUGAGCUGCUCCCGUUCAAAACCACUGGUUAGAAAAUACACAACGUUAUGGUAAAUACAUUAUUUUUCUAGGUUCCUGCUUUGAGUUUAGUAGUGGUUUAGAAUUGAUUAAUUAAACUGGACAUUGUACUGUAUUAUUGUUUUACUGUAUAGUUGGUAAAGUUGAUGAUGUAUGCAAGUAUUUCCUACUAUACUUUGUCAGUUAGUUUGGUGUGACAUGGCGGAGAUUGAGAAGAUCUAGAUGAGUUGACAUCAUUGAAUGAUUACAGUAACGCAAAACUGUGUCUGCGGAUCCGAGAAUACCAUCCAUAAUAAAUACCUUGGAAAUUAACAUUUGAAAACAAUAAUAAUAGUUUUCAUAAUGUACUAUUGAUGAUGGAACAGGGAUUAUAUAACAUUUUAUAGACGUAACCCCUCAAUAAAUAUAGAUACUUGAUCUGAGCCAUUAGAAAUCUAAUUAUAUCCACAGUGUAUCUCAACAGAUGCAUUUUCUCUUCAAUAAAUGGCCAACUUAAAUGUGAACUGCAAUCAACUGGUAGUUAUAGAGUUGGUUGAUUAGUAUUCAUAUCAGCUGUCUCUCUCUCUGCUGUCAGUAAUGAUGCUACAAAUGGGGGUUCAUAAUAACCAUAGCAGAAGACAAUCUACGUCGCCAUAUUUUCCCUCCCAAAUAAGGAAGAACGCAACAGUGACCAUCCAAGCAUGUCAUUGGCUAGACAGAGGAGCCUGUCUCAUGAAUAUUCAAACCUAUUGGAGGAAAUCAACCGUUUUAUAUUCUGACAGCAUAACAUUGAUCAGGUUUCCAUUACAAUCCCUCUUUUAUAUGGAGUCUUUUUUGAAGUCUCUAAAUUACAUUAUUCCUGCACUCAUCAUCAUCCUGAAUGUUCUCUGACUAAGAGUUUUAAUAAAGAACAAAAUAUAAAUACAA